AUGAACAUCUAUCAGGCUGUUCUGUUCAUCACAUUAGUGGGAAUUGUGGGAUCUGCCCCUCUCUCACAGAAACUGGACAUUAUGGACAAGGAUACUAUUGAACAGGUCCACAGUUUAAUCAGCAAAAUUUUAGAAGAUAUUCCUACAACUCAUGCAGCCUGGAUAAACCCCAAGAGUUUCACACUGGACAAGAGCUCCGAUGAUCUGAAGUUCCUGAAGGACUCGAUGAUACCUACCACCCCUGAACUCGAGAGCUUCUCAGAUCAUUUCAGUCUGGAAAUCUGUCUUGCUCGUAUAGUGGAGGGACUGAGGUUACAUCUGAAUCUGUUGAAAGUGAUCAGCAAAGCACCCACACUGACCCAGACAGACGAGGUGCAAGAACUGCAAGCUGGAAUUCUAGACCUUCUGCACCUAAUUGUCAAGUUGCAGAGUCAAGUGGGAUAUGAACAGCCAAUGCAGACACCGGACAACCAGCUAAAGACCCUCGAGCACCGCCUGGCCGAACCUCUGAAAGAUGCAUACAAUGCUGGGGUGGCGGCUCACCUAACCUUGCAACAGCUGCAGGUGUUCAGUUGCGACGUGCUGCGCAUAAUCCUCAGUAUCCGCAGUAGGACCACCAGCAUGCCUGUCUCAGCAGACCAAUGAGAUAAAAGCUUUCUUUUAUUUAAAGGAAUAGAUUACUUACGCUCAUGUCUUUUAAAACAAGUCUGACUUUCUUUCUUGCUUGGAACACAAAAGGGUUAUCUAUAGCAGAAUGCCCAAGCUGCUCUUUUGUAUAAAGAGAAAGUGAAUGAUGACUACAGCUGCCAAACAAGAUUUUCAAGACGAGAUUUUCAAAGAAUUACAACUUAAAUUUCUGUUUGUAUCUCACACAAAGCUAUCAUUUGAAUUCAGAAGACUUGGAAUAUAGUACAUGAGGAUUACGUUGAUGGUGCUUUGUGUUCUGUUUGAAGCUUGGCAGCUCCUGGUCGCUAUUCACUUUCAUUGUGUUUUCAAGAGCUGUAUAUGAAAUAUCAAAAUAUGUUCUGAUUGGUGUUAAUUUUGAGCAUUUUCACUUUCAGGGUGGACAGAUAAUUUUUUUGUCACUGGUCAUGUUGUGCCACCCAUUAGAAAAGUGUUAGAAACCACGCAGGGCCUUUUACUGCGGGCACAGUAGACCUUGCAGGUUUUAUUUAGUUUAUUUAUUUAUAUAUUAUUUAUAUUGUAACCUCCCUUAUUUUCUGCAGUCUUCAUCAGAAAGCAAACAUUUAAUCAUCCCAAGGAGUGAAAUUCUUUAAAGUGUCAUACAGAUUAUUUAUAAAUGAAUGGAAAGAAAUAUUAUUUAUUAAGCAUAUGACCAUGUCUCAUAAGUUGAACUGAGAUCAUGGUCAUUGGAUUGACCUCCUGAUCUCUAUGAGAACUCUUUACUUACAUCAUGUGAUAAUGUGACCUCCAGUUGUUGGUUUUUACAUAAAAGUACACUUAAAAAUGAGAUUUAAGAUGGUUUUAUGUAUGUUUCAAUAAUAUUAUUUGUUUUUGUAUUUAUUUAAGAAAUAAAUGUAUUUAUUUUAACAUUUAUUGUACUUUUGAACCUUUAAAU